AUGGCAGCUUCCAGGAGCCCCAGGGUCUUUGCGAAACAGACAAGAAUGUGCAGCAAUACUCGGGCUAUAUCAAGGGUAGAGGAUGAUAUUGAGCUGUUCUUCUGGUUUUUCGAAGCUCGCGAAGAUCCAGACAAGAAGCCACUCGUGGCACAACUCAAUGGAGGUCCGGGCGGUGGCAGUAUCGAUUUGAUCGGAGCAACCGGGCCUUGUGUGUUUCAAUACGCGCAAGACGAAGACCCUUUCUUCCAGAAACUCUACGAACACGACGAAUUCUCCAAGUUCAAAGGUCGCGACACAGGAAUAUUCACCAUCUCGUAUGGAGGGAUUAUUGUACCCGCAUUGGCAAAGUACAUACUGGAACAGAACGCGAGCAAGAACGGCGUGCCUAUCAACCUCUAA